CUGUGGCACUGAGGGAAGGCCGCAUCCUGGCUCCAGGGCUUGGACCUCUUCUCCUCUGCCCUGACUGGGGGACAGCUCCCUAUUGCCUCGUUCCCGUGGCAGAAAUCACCUCUGCAACCGGGAUCGACUUUGGGAAGACCUUCCUUUCCAAAGCGCUUUCUGGGCUGAGUUUUAGAGGGUGGCAUCCAUCAGGCUGCUCCUUGUUCCAUUACAGGCUCCCUGCGCUUUUUUGCCGCUGCCGCUCUGCGCUCUCCCCGUGCGUUACCGCGACUGCUUUGCUGAGGGCGAGCUCUCCCCUGUGGCUCGGGAAGAGGCCGGUUAGGAGCAGUUAUGCUUUCCCCUGGGGAAGAGGGGUCACGGCACCACCGCCUCCUUCCGAGCUGCCCGAGCUCCCAACGCUGUUCGCAGCGGGAGCGGAACUACCCCGUGCCCCGGCGGCUGAGGCGGAGCCUCCGCUGCCCCGCCCCGGGGCGGCCGCGCUGUGCCGGGCAUGGCGGGGCGGCUGCUGCGUGGCUGCGUGCGGGCUGCGGGGCUGUGCCCCCGCCGCGCCUUCGGGGAGGCGGCGGGGCUGCGCGACAUGGGCUUCAGCCAGGAGCAGGCCCAGCGGCUGCUAGGCGUAGAGUCCCGGCUCAGUCCGCAGCGCCGGGAGGCGGCGGUGGCUCAGCUGCUGCUGCUGGGGCUCAACGCUGAAGCCAUCCUCGGCCUGCUGGAGCGGAGGCCGGAGCUUCUGCGGAUGCCGACGGAGCGGCUGCAGGAGCGUGCCGGAAAGCUUCGGGGCCUGGGGCUCGACGGAGGUCAGCUGCAGCGGGCCUUGAUCCGCUGCCCCGAGCUCUUCACCUUGCCCCGGAAGAGGAUGGCGGCGGCGGUGCGGCUGCUGCGGGAGCGGUGCCUCUUCACAGCGGAGCAACUCCGGGAGGUGCUGUGGACCUGUCCCAACGUGCUGCUAGAGGAGCCGCACCAGCUCCACCACCACUUCCAGUACGUGUACUUCAGGAUGGGAGUCCAGCAGAAGGAGAUGGUGAAGGCCCGCCUUUUCCGAAUGCCCUUUGCUGAGCUCAGGAACCGGCACAUCUUCCUGGAGCGCCGGGGGCUUUACCAGACCCCGUGCAAAGGCCAGACCCAGACAAAUAACCCAAAACUGAAGGACAUAAUUCAGCUCUCAGAGAAAGACUUCCUGGCCAAUGUGGCCCACUCCACUCCAGAGGAGUUUGAGGUCUUCAAGAAACUGCUGGCUCGAGAGGAGGAGGAGAAGGAGGAGGAGGAGGAAGAGGAGGAGAACAGGGAUGCUCUGUACACAGAGGAAGAUGAAGACUUUGACAGUGAAGGAAGUAAACCAGCCCGGGAGUAAGAAGUGCCUGGACAGCUGCUACUGGGAGGGAGAGGAUGGUGCCAGGAGCACUGAAAGUCCUGGGCCUGGUCUGCUCUGAGAGCAGCUUGACAUGUGUGGCUGAAGAACAAAGCAUCCUGCAAUGCUUGCAGAACGCUGCUGGGGAGAUAACACUCUAUACCAUAACUACAAUAUAUCUCUGGUAUGUAUUAAUUUA